AAUCAUGUCUUCUGUCUCCUUUGAUUCAGGUGCGCAUGGGGUUGGAAGGAGGCACAUCAAGAACACACUUAUUACCAAACAUCCUGACCGCUUCGCCUACCCCAUCCCUCACACAACUCGGCCUCCCAAGAAGGAUGAGGAGAACGGCAAGAACUACUACUUUGUGUCUCAUGACCAGAUGAUGCAGGACAUCAGCAACAAUGACUACCUGGAGUAUGGCAGCCAUGAGGACGCCAUGUAUGGAACCAGGCUGGAGACCAUCAGGCAGAUCCACGCCCAGGGCAUGAUCUCCAUCCUGGAUGUUGAGCCCCAGGCACUAAAGAUCCUCAGGACUGCUGAGUUCGCUCCUUAUGUCGUCUUCAUCGCAGCUCCCACCAUCACCCCUGGCAUGACUGAGGACGACUCUCUUCAGCGACUGCAGAAGGAAUCGGAGAUGCUCCAGCGGACCUACGCUCACUACUUUGACCAGACCAUCAUCAACAAUGAGAUUGAUGACACCAUCCGCCUGCUGGAGGAGGCUGUAGACCUGGUGUCCACCACUGCUCAGUGGGUCCCCGUCUCCUGGGUCUACUGACACACAAUCAACGGCAAUUAGCUCAUCGCUCUGAACGAUCCAUCUCCAAUUCAUCACAGAAUCUAAACUUUGUCGAACCACCUCGAGUCACGUCUCUCAUCAGAAUCACAUUUCUGUAGAUAAACUGUUGUUGAAAAAGAGGGAAAUGAAGAAACUAAUGACUGACGCCUCAUCGCAGAGACUUCAUCUGUCCCCCGGCCCCCUUUUUUUCAACAGCCUCAAAGGCAUAUUGUUGUGUACAUAUAUACAUAUAUAUAUAAAUGAUAAAAAACUAAGUGAAUAUGGUUCUGUCCUCAUAUAGUUGAAGGGUGGGGAGUGGUGGGGCAGUGUAGUAGAUAUUUUGUACUUUUCUUUUGUAAUUGAUGGAUGGAUGGUAAUAUUGGAAAGGCAAUAGCGAGCAUGACCAUAAAGCAGUCUUAUGGGGGUGCCUGUGUGUGUGUUGACCUUUAAGGCACUUCUCGUGGUACUCUGUGUCCUCCUCCCCCACCUCCCCGACUCUCCUCGGCCCCUGUGACAAACAAGCCGAACUUUGAAGCACAUUAGAAGCUGCUACAGUGGCGACAAGUAACUCCCUCAGCUCCAAAUGCAAGUUUGAGUGAAGCAAAAAGCACAGGAAACUUGGCAGUUUCUUUCUCCCUCAUCCACCCUCAGCCCUUUAUUUAUUUCACUGGCCCUCUGUGCCUUUCAGUUUGUUGAAGGAGCACACUGCAUCCCUCUCGGUCGUCUCUCCCUGUGUUGCUAUAGCCUGCUGUUCUAUGCUUCCCUCCCCAACCUUCGAUGGUCUUUGUUUACAUCUCAGUUUGCACAAAAUGGACAAUGAAGAAAACAUGUACUGCAUUUUGUCAACUCAGUUUUCAUUCUGUCUUGCCUACUCUCUGGCUGUCUUUACCCUCCUCUCCCUUGUACACAAAUUGCUAAUCAGUGGUCAGCAGAGCUGGAACAUUGUUCCUGGGACACUAUCAGCUAUGAAAAAGCACUGACAUCCACGACAAAACAUGGCUCCUGAACUGGAGGACGACAACAAGAAGAAAAAAAAAAAAAAGAAGAAGAAAAAGAAAAAAAAAACGGAAAGGAGAAAAACUGCCUUAUCAGAGCCUCGGGGGAAGAAGUCGGUAACACCUAUGCACACCCCUGGUUCCUGCCAGGCAGACCGCCACGACAACAAUUUUCUUCUUUCCCAACACUCCGAUAGUGAGCCAUGCUUGUUAAAAUUGAAGUGUUCAUAGGAAUGUUUGUGUGGAUGGGUAGGGCCUCAUGUAGGUGGGAUAAUCCAAUCCUAGAGCCACCAUUUUGGAACUGUUAACUGUUGUCUUUAAAAAUAUAAGGAGUAUUCUUGUUUUGGGGGAGAGAAAAAUAACAAAAUUUUGUGUGUAAAUGUUUCAAUGGUGCGUACGUCAUAUGAGUGAACUACCAAGAGCCAGUGUAUAUUAACCCUAAAAAGAAGCUCAGUAUGUGACAUAACCUCUUCAUGCUUUACCGAAAGUGGCACAACACUCUCCCACCUACAGCAACUCAGUAUGUACGGCACAUCAGUUUGAAGGCUUGAGAAAAUAAAAAUCAAAAAAGGAAACAUUUGAAACUGUGGUGUGGUUGCUGUUUUUCCACUUUGAGUAAAGUGUUUUCAUUUCAAGUCCUGUGUAAAUUACCUCUGCAAAUGACAAAAGCAGCUCUUCUGUAUGAAAUGUUGUUCUUUUUUGUUAUUUCAUUUUUAAAAAAAAAUAUAUUUCCUUUUACGUGUUUAAAGUACA